UGGGGAAGGGAAUCAUACGAACAGAACCGGGACAGGGAGGCCGGCGGAGGUUCCUGCAGAGGAGUGUCCAGGCCCUGGGCUGCCCUUCUUGGCUGCUGGCAGGGUUGCCCAGCAUGCCCACUGGCAAGAGAGAGGGGACUGACCCACUUGCUCCCAUCAUCUUCUGAAGCCCACUUCUCCCAAGGUCACUGCCUUCCCCUAGGGAGAAAACCUCAUUCCCCAUCAGUGGUCACUGGGAGCAUCAGCAGCCGUAUAUGCAACAGUGAACAUAGUAAAAGGAGAGCUGGUUUGAAGGGCUCCAAAGUCCAGAGGUGCCGAGAGCCAGGACCAAGAGACGUGCCACUCACCAGGGUAGACACAGUGCCAGAGAUGAGGUGCAUUGUCCUGUUUUCCCUUUUGGUGUGGGCGUAUGCUGAGCCUACUAUGUAUGGGGAGAUCCUGUCCCCUAACUAUCCUCAGGCCUACCCCAAUGAGAUAGAGAAAUCUUGGGAAAUAGAAGUUCCUGAAGGGCACGGGAUCCAUCUCUACUUCACCCAUUUGGACAUAGAGCUGUCAGAGAACUGUGCAUAUGACUCAGUGCAGAUAAUGUCAGGAGACUUUGAAGAAGGAAAACUCUGUGGACGAAGGACCAGCAAGAAUCCCAACUCCCCAGUUGUGGAAGAGUUCCAUGUCCCAUACAAUAAACUGCAGGUGAUCUUUAGGUCGGACUUCUCCAACGAGGAGCGAUUCACGGGGUUUGCGGCAUACUAUGUUGCUGUAGAUAUAAAUGAGUGCACGGACUUUGCAGAUGCUCCUUGCAGCCACUUCUGCAACAACUUCAUUGGCGGCUACUUCUGCUCCUGCCCCCCGGAAUACUUCCUCCAUGAUGAUAUGAAGAAUUGCGGAGUCAAUUGCAGUGGGGAUGUCUUCACUACACUGAUUGGGGAGAUCACAAGUCCCAAUUACCCCAAUCCAUACCCAGAGAACUCGAGGUGCGAAUAUCAGAUCCUGUUGGAGGAGGGGUUCCAAGUGGUGGUGACCGUGCGGAGAGAAGAUUUUGAUGUGGAACCAGCCGAUUCAGAGGGCCACUGCCCUGACAGUUUAGUUUUUGUUGCAGGAGACCGGCAGUUUGGCCCUUUUUGUGGCGAUGGAUUUCCUGGGCCAAUAAACAUCGAAACCCAGAGUAAUGCUCUUAAUAUCAUCUUCCAAACUGAUCAGGAUGAGCAAAAAAGAGGCUGGAAACUUCGUUACCGUGGAGAUCCAAUCCCCUGUCCUAAAGAAGUCACUGCCAAUUCUGUUUGGGAGCCUGAAAAAGCAAAAUAUGUGUUCAAAGAUGUGGUGAAGAUAACCUGUGUGGAAGGGUUCGAAGUUGUACAGGGAAGUGUUGGUUCAACAUAUUUCUAUUCUACAUGUCAAAGCAAUGGAAAGUGGAGUAAUUCCAAACUGAAAUGUCAACCUGUGGACUGUGGCUCUCCUGAACCCAUACAGCAUGGUAAAGUUGAAGAUCCAGAAGAUACUUUAUUUGGUUCUGUCACUCACUACACUUGUGAGGAGCCUUAUUACUACCUGCAAAUUGAAGGAAGUGGGGAAUAUCACUGUGUGGCCAAUGGAAGCUGGGUGAAUGAGCUGCUGGGCACAGAGCUGCCAAAAUGUAUUCCAGUUUGCGGUGUCCCCAGUAAGCCCUUUGAAGCAAAACAGAGGAUACAUGGAGGAGUACAGGCAGACAUACAGAGCUUCCCUUGGCAAGUCUUCUUUUCGAGCCCACGGGCCGGUGGGGCUCUCAUUGAUGAGCACUGGGUGCUGACAGCUGCCCAUGUUGUGGAAGGAAACCCCAACCCUGUGAUGUACGUCGGGUCCUCCUCGGUGGUCACCUCAGUUUUGGCAAAUGCCCAGAUGCUCACCGCUGAACGUGUCUUUAUUCACCCGGGUUGGAAAAUCAUGGAUGCCCCAGAAACACGUAAGAAUUUUGACAAUGACAUUGCACUGGUGCGGCUGAAAGACCCAGUGGAAAUGGGGCCCACUGUGUCCCCUAUCUGCCUGCCAGGCACAUCCCCAAACUACGACCCUGCAGAGGGAACCCUGGGACUGAUCUCAGGCUGGGGCCGAACAGAGAAAAAAAGUCAUGUUAUCCUGCUCAGAGGGGCAAAGAUACCCAUUGUUGCCUUAGAAAAUUGCCGGGGAUUGAAAGUGGUAAAUCGCAGAGUGGAUAUAAAUGCCUUCGUUUUCACUAAUAAUAUGAUCUGUGCUGGAGGGGAGAAGGGCGUUGAUAGCUGUGAGGGGGACAGUGGUGGGGCCUUUGCUGUACGGGACCCCGAGGGAGAGAAUAAAUUCUACGUGGCUGGCCUGGUGUCCUGGGGUCCCCAGUGUGGGACCUACGGGAUGUACACACGAGUGAAGAACUACCUUGACUGGAUAAAGAAGACCAUGCAGGAAAAUAGUACCCCCAGUGCGGACUAACCCGUACAUACCUCACCAGCCUCUCCAAGAUCCAUAGUCAUCUGUUGUUUUCCAUUCUUCACAAUAUUCCCAUUAGUUCACUGUGACUGAGAGAAGACAUGGAAGUAUGAUUUAAAUAGAAUUGAUCGUUGGGAUACCUGGCUGGAAGUCAUUUAGUGUGGUCUGAAUUUGUGGGGUCCUCUCCCCUGAAUGCCAGCUGUGGGUAACACCACGGGAAGCGCAGCCCUAUCUGGCACUAUUCCACGGGGAGGCCCCUUUUCUGAUGACCGACUCGUGUCACAGUUCUGACUGAAAUUGAUUGUUGGGCAUACCCUUGAUUUUUCAUUUCCCCCUUUGCCUGUUCAAAGUUCUAUUUACUUCAUCAUUCUCAUUGUCUGCUAUCUACUUGUAAUAAAGCACGGUUAUAACCCA